AUGCCAAGAGGGCAAUACAUUACGUUGAAGAGUGAAAAGAAAAGAUCUAUUACCACCCCUUUCUACAUUUCCCCUCUCUCUUACAAAUUACAAUUCUUUCAGUCCAUUUUGAGGAAAGACAUGAGUAAAGAGGAGAUUUUGAAGAUACAGAAAUGUGUUCUCAGAGUGAACAUACACUGUGAUGGGUGCAAGAGUAAGGUCAAGAAAAUCUUGCAGAAGAUUGAUGGGGUGUUUACCACCGAGAUAGAUGCGGAACAAGGGAAGGUGACGGUUUCAGGAUUUGUGGACCCGAACGUUCUCAUCAAGAAGCUUGCAAAGUCAGGAAAACAUGCAGAACUCUGGGGUGCCCCUCCCAAAGGAAACAACAACCAGAACAACAACAUUGUGAACCAGAUGAAGAACAUGCAACUUGACAAUGGUAAAAGUGGGGGAAACAGCAAGGGUCAAAAGGGUGUAGGGAAUAACCAGCCUAAGGUUAAUAAUCAACAAGGGCAGAACCCUCAACAGCCGAACUCUCAACAGCAGCUUCAGCAGCAUCUGCAACAACUUCAGCAGAUGAAAGGGUUCCAAGAUCUGAAGCUGCCUCAAUUCAAGGACAUGAAGAUGUCCAACCAGAACCCCAACCCACCCAAAGGGGUUAAGUUCAGUUUGCCUGAGGAGGAUGAUUUGUCUGAUGAUGAAUUAGAUGAGUUUGAUGAUGAAUUAGAUGAUGACUUUGAUGAAGAUGAAAUGGACGAUCCUCAGCAUCCUUUGAAUAAGAUGAUGAUGAAGCCCCCUAUGGGUAAUGGGGCUCAAAUGAUGUUGAAUAACAUGAUGAAUGCUCAGAAAGGUGGCAAUGGUGGUGGAGGUAAUGGGAAGAAAGGAGGUGGUGGUGGUGGUGGAGGACCUGUGCCUGUGCCUGUGCAAGUGCAUAACAUGGGUGGUGGAGAUGGCAAAAAUGGCAAUGGAGGAAAGAAGGGUGGUGGGGGAGGUGGAGGGGGUGGUGGGGGAGGUGGAGGUGGUGGUGGCAAUCUUCAAAAUCAUGGCAUGACUAACAAAAACAAUGGUGGCAAGAAUGGAGGUGGAAUGUCAGAUGGUAAGAAUGGAAACAACAAAAACGGUGGUGGUGGUGGUGGUGCUCCUGCUGCUGCUGCUGCUGCCUUUCCAAACAGUAAUGGCAAUGGAGGUAAAAAGGGUAAUAAUGGAAUGGGUGAAGGUGUUCAAACUAUGAACAUGUUUCCAAACAUGGGUGGUCAUACUCUUAAUAUGGUUGGGGCUAACGGAGGUCCUAUGGGCAACAUGAGCAUCCCUAUGGGCAACAUGCCAAUGUCCCAAAUGGGUAACAUCCCAGCAGUUCAAGGCCUACCAGCUGCUGCCCCCAUGAAUGGGAGUGGUGGUGGCGGUGGAGGAUACUUCCAGGGUGGUGGUGGUGGUGGUCCAGAUAUGAUGCCUGGCAACCCUUACCAACAACAGCAAUACAUGGCUGCAAUGAUGAACCAACAAAGGGCAAUGGGGAAUGAUAGAUUCCAGCCAAUGAUGUAUGCUAGGCCUCCUAUGGCAGUCAAUUAUAUGUACCCUCCUCCUUAUAGCUACCCUCCGCCUCCUCCUCAUGAUCCAUAUUCCAACUUUUUCAGUGAUGAGAAUACUUCCAGCUGCAGUGUCAUGUGA